GAAGGGCGUGGAUCAUCAUAAAUGAAAAUAUUGAAUUUGAAGCUUCCCCCAGUACUCUCCCCCACCCCUACCCUUCCCAUAGCUAACUGCCCCCUCACCUCGCGUUCACGCUGCACACCAACACCAACCCCCCAUGCAUUAAUUCUACCCUCAUCUCCUUUAUUUAUGUCCCACUACUCCGUUGUCCCUGCUUAAAUUCACUUUGUCUGAAAACAGAAAGAGAGGAGAGAGAGAGAGAGAGAGAGAGAGAGAGAGAGAGAGAGAGAGAGAGUGCGCGAGAAUGGCGAAGCAGGGGGAGGUGAGGUUGCUGGGGGCAUGGCCAAGCCCGUUCGCGAUCAGAGCACGAAUAGCGCUCAACUUGAAAUCGGUGGAGUACGAGUUCUUGCAGGAGAAUCUGGGAACGAAGAGCCAGCUACUGCUGAAAUCCAACCCGGUUCACAAGAAAAUCCCAGUUCUGAUUCACGGGGACAGGCCCAUCUGCGAGUCGCUGGUCAUCGUUCAGUACAUCGACGAGGUGUGGUCUUCCUCCUCCGCCCCCUCCAUCCUCCCUUCCGACCCCUACGACCGCGCCAUUGCCCGCUUCUGGGCCGCCUACCUCGACGACAAGUGGUUUCCAUCGCUGAGUGCGCUGCGGACGGCCAAGGGUGGGGAGAGGGCGGCAGCCAUGGAGCGGCUGCGGGAAGGGCUGGGUCUGAUGGAGGGCGCGUUUGGGGAGUGCAGCAAAGGGAAGGCCUUCUUCGGGGGAGACCGCAUAGGCUUCCUGGACAUCGCUUUCGGCUGCUUCCUUGGCUGGCUCAGGGUUGCCGAGAAGACCGGCGGGGCGAAGCUGCUGGACGACGCCAAGACGCCCCGCCUCUGCGGGUGGGCUGAGAGGUUCAGCGCCGACGACUCCGUGAAGGGGGUUCUGCCGGAGACGGAGAAGCUGCUGGAGUUCUCCAAGAUGCUUCUGGCCAAGAUGCAGCAACCUCCCCCUAGCAAUUCUUAAUUAUCUUAAUUGCUAGUUAAUGAAGCAGAUGAUGAUCAGGUUUUGAUCAUCAUAUAGUUUGGUAGCUCUUCGGUUUAGGGCUUGUUUGGGUUUGCAGGUGCCUUCAUGGGGCGUGGCUCUUCUUGUUUUGCUCUUGAUUAUUAUCAGCGUGUGCUAAACAAGGUGUUUCUUGGAUGAUUUUAGUGAGAUGGUGAGAGUUAGAGUUUCUGCUGUGCUACUCCUAAUCAAUUUAUGAUAUUUAUCCUUUUACUCAA